UCUUUUUUAUUAAAGAUGGGAAGGCACGUCCAUUUGUAGGCUAUGUUUUAUUCUAGAAACGAGUGCCUGCCUACAUUUAGAUUUAGAUUUAGAGGGAAAAAAACAGGAGGCCCAAAAUAAUUCCCAUGUGCGUGUUUUAGCUAGCUCUUAAUUAGCUAAUAUCUCAAUGAUAUUAUCGAGGCAUUUCCAACUGGAAUUAGUUUACCUAUUUGCUGAUUGAAACCUUAAGCUUCAGCUUGAAUGCAUCAUAUUGGAGGAGUUUUGUUCUGAGACUAGGAGGUACCCGCUGCUUCAUCUAGCUUCUCAGAGAAUCCCAUGAACUUCUUCACAAAGUGGAAAGUUGUCAUAUGAAAGAGAAGGAAAGGGAUGGACAAUUUGUUGAUGAUGAUAUAUUUUCAACAAUAUGUGUGUAAAUCGUUUAUAAACAUUGCAAAUAUGCUGUGGACAAAUUCUUUCUUUCUUUUUGGCACAAAAAAAGUUUUCUUCAUCUUGGAGCCAACCUCAAUAUCUUAAAAUAGAAAGGGGUUUGAACACUUAUAAGAUCUGCACAACCUGUAUUUUUUGGUCCAGUGCUUUGAUGGAGAGAAUAGAAGCAGCUGUAGAGCAAAUCUUCUCAACUGCUAAUGAUGCAAAGCUACAUGGAGGAAUGUGUAGGCAACUUGCCAGGCUUGUUGGUAAAAUGAUGAAAAUCUUUCCUGCCAUAGAAGCAGCUCGUCCAAGGUGUAAGUCAGGCAUUCAGGCGUUAUGUGCAUUUCAUCUAGCACUUGAAAAGGCCAAAUCCCUUCUUCAGCAUUGUGGAGACUGCAGCAAAUUCUACUUGGCGAUAACAGGGGAUGCAGUUUUGGUCAAAUUUGAAAGGGUCAAAGAUGACUUGCUUCAGGGUUUGCAGCGUCUUGAAGUCAUUGUACCACAUACCUUAGCUUGGCAGAUUACUGAAAUUUUCAAGGAGCUUGAACAAGCAAAAUUUGCUCUUGAGCCUACAGAAAAAGAAAUUGGUGAUGAUCUUAUCACAUUACUGCAGCAGGACAAGGAUGCUAGUGGUCUAAAUGAUAUAUCAGAACUAGAAGCUUUCCAUCAAGCAGCUACAAGGCUAGGAAUAGUAUCUCCUAAAACAAUUUCAUUGGAGAAAAGAAGUUUGAGGAAGCAACUUGAUAAAUCCCGUUGUGAGGAUGAUAAGAGGAAAGAAUCAAUAAUUUCAUACCUCCUACAUCUUCUAAGAAAAUACAACAAGCUUUUCAGAAAUGAAUGUAUGGAUGAUGUCGAUUCUCAGUACUCUGAUCCAUGUUCUCCAUCAGUAAGAAAUUCUUUGGAGGAAGCUCAUGUUAGUGGCAGAAGGAGUGACCAGGAUGAUUCUAAAAUUCAGUCAUUCAAAUUGGUUGCCAAGGAAACUCUUAGAAGUUCCGUAGGAAUGUUGCCAGCAGUUCCUGAAGAAUUUAGAUGUCCAAUUUCCUUACAGUUAAUGUCUGACCCUGUGAUCAUUUGCUCUGGUCAAACAUAUGAAAGAGUAUGCAUAGAGAAGUGGUUCAGUGAAGGUCAUGAUACAUGUCCAAAAACACAGCAAAAAUUGUCGUAUCUUUCUGUCACUCCUAACUACUGUGUGAAGGGAUUAAUUGGCAGUUGGUGUGAGAAAAAUGGUAUCAGAGUUCCAGAACCACCUCCUCCACCUUCUUUGCCUCUGAUAUACUGGAGAUGGGACCAGUCAGAUUCCAUGAAAAGUGUUGCUGAUGGUCGGCUGAAAAGAGUCAAGGUUGGAUUAUCAGAAGAUGACCAGGUUGCAAAUUUUGACAAGGGAGAUGCUGUCAGUUUAUCAACUCCCACUUUAGAUCAUAACAUCUUCUCUGAGUCUGCAGUUUUCCCUAUAAAGGGCGAAUUGAUACAAAUCAGUGGUACAGAUCCUUCUCUGACUUAUGAUAUGGUUGAUGCUCAAAAUCUAGAAGAACAUAGUACUGAAAAGUAUGAAAGAUUGCUUGCCAACCUUAAUUCAUCAAGUUUAGAAGUACAGUGUGCAGCUGCAGAGGAAGUUGCGUUAUUGUGUAAGGAUGAUAGUGCUUGCUCUUAUAUGGGUGCCAAUCAUUUUAUUUCCGCUCUUGUGAAGUUCUUGCAGUCUUCUGUAGAUGUACUAGAUACAAAGGCUCAAGAAGUAGGAGCAUCGGCCCUUCUCAAAAUGACUUGGAACAAUAAUAGGAACAAGGCAUCAAUUCUAUCUUCAGGUGUAGUACCAUUGUUAUUGAAUCUUCUUGAUUCAAAAACAGCUGAAGCAGCAUUGGCAGUUUUGUUAGCCCUGUCCAGUUGGGAUGACAAUAAGGCAACCAUUGGUUCCUUGGGAGCUAUUCCUUGCCUAAUUAAACUACUAAGAUCAAACUCCUACCAGUGUAGACAAGAUGCUCUCAACACAUUAUAUCAUUUAUCCAUAAAUGCAGAAAAUCAGUCCAGAAUGGUGUCAGCAGAUGCUGUUUCCAAUAUUGUUCAUCUCCUUACUGUCUGUGAAGUCGAUUUCACAGAAAUAUGCAUCAGCAUCUUAUAUAACCUAGCUUCCAUUGAAGAUGGAAGAACAGCGAUUGCUGAUACCGAUGGUUGCAUUGUGACCAUAGCAGAGCUGCUUGACACAGGCACCCCUAAGGAACAAGAACAAUCUGUGGCUACCCUCUUGUUGCUAUGCACUAAGAGCUUUGACCAUUGUCAGUUAGUUUUAAGAGAAGGUGUGAUUCCCUCUUUAGUUACACUUUCUGUUACUGGGACUCCAUGGGGAAGGGACAAAGCACAGAAACUUCUACAGCAUUUUAGAGAGCAACGUCAACGAGAUGCUUCCUGGCUGUCUCCUCCUAAGACUGUAUGCAAUCCAGAAGAAUCCAUGAAUAGACAAGCCUCAUCUAAAGAAAAAAGAAAACUAUAUAAGUCAACUUCAAAAAAGAUUGGCCGAACUUUGAGUUUCUUUUGGAAAGCCAAGUCAUUUUCUCUGUACCAGUGUUAGCAUGUACUGCUAGUAGGGGCAGAAGCUAUUGUCAUUAUGGUUCAGUAUGAAUUUUGUCUUGGUCAGCUUCUUUGCCUCGUGGCUUCCUAAUAUGCUGUUUGUACCACCAGGAGAGAGAUCACUAUUUGUUGCAGCAAAAGUUGGCUUUGAAUCAUCAAGCAGGUUGAUGAUUCUUUACUUUUGUUCAAAUGUUUCAAUGAUUAAACAAAAAAUGCGGAGUCCCUGGAUCUUGCAAGCUUGUAUAGAGGUAAAAACAGAGAUGCACAGAUUAGUUUCUUCAGGGCAUACUUUUCUCCUUGGCCUGUAAACCUUGUAAAACAUAAAAUGAAAGUAAUUUUUGCCCAA